AAUAUUACAUUGCUACCAGCAGUUAGAAAUCGAUAAUGUACAAGUUGAAAAUAGUCAGGAGUAGUUUACGGCUCUUUUCUUCAGUAAGAACAAUUGAUUUUAGAAGUGAUGUUCUUAGUAAACCCACUCCUGCAAUGCGGGAGGCAAUGGCUUUGGCAGUUGUUGGAGAUGAUGUAUUUGACGAGUGUACAACGGUCAAAGAAUUGGAAAAUAAUGUGGCUGAAAUGUUUGGAAAGCAAAAAGGAGCAUUCGUUUGCUCGGGAACAAUGGGUAACUUAGCUAGUGUUUUGGCUCAUUGCGAUGAAAGGGGUCAGGAAGUUAUUUUGGGCGAUAAAUCGCAUAUAUGCCUUUAUGAACAGGGUGGAAUUUCAACCCUUGGAGGUGUUCAUAGUCGACAAUUAAAUAAUUUUUCUGAUGGGUCAUUUGAUAUUAGUAACCUUCGAAAUGUAAUUCGCCCUCUUUAUGAUCCUCAUCAGCCUCACACAAAGCUAAUUUGUAUAGAAAAUAGCCACAAUUUUUGUGCCGGUGCCGUUGUUCCCGAAAAAUUUAUAAGAGAUGUACGAUCAGUUUGUGACGAAUACAAUUUGUCUUUACAUUUGGAUGGUGCCAGAAUUUUCAAUGCGGCUGUAGCUGAAGGAAAAAGUGUAAAAGAACUGUGUAAAGAAUUUGAUACAGCCAGCAUUUGUUUGUCAAAAGGCGUUGGUGCUCCAGUUGGGACAGUUGUAGUUGGAGAUGAGAAAUUUAUAUGGAAGAUUAAGCGAUUGAGGAAAGUUCUCGGCGGAGGUUGGCGUCAGCCAGGACAUUUGGCCGCGGCUUGUCAGGUGGGAUUAAACGAUGUUUACUCGCGAUUAGCUGCCGACCAUAGGAGAGCUAAGAGAUUAGGAGAAGCUUUUGAAAAUUGUGGCAAAGACCUCUUUAAAGUUAAACCAAUUCAAACGAAUAUCAUUUAUAUAGAAGUGAUUAAGGAUGGAAUAACGGCUAAAGACUUGAGUGACUAUUUAGCAGAGGGGCCUCAGCCAGUUAUGUCAGCACCUUUUAGUGAAACACUCUUACGUUUCGUCACGUAUAGUGAUAUUGAUGAUGAAAUGGUGAAUACUACGGAGAGGAAGAUGGCUAUUGUUUGUGAAAAGCUUGCAAAAGGAUAA